AUGACCAAUAGUCGCACCAGAGCUCGUUGGCAGGGUGUUGGUCUUGGAAGGCUGAAACUGUGGCGAAGCUCGCACAAGUUAUCAACCGACUCUCAUCGCACGAUCCUGACCAAGAAUAAACGGCUGUUGUUGUUGGCUGAGCCGAUGGGGCGGUCGUUUAUUUUGCGAGUAUGCUUGAUGGCAUACCCAAUAGAACGAGUGCCACAUGAUCCACAUCUUGCCUCAGAGAAGCUGCUGGAUGUACUUAUCCUAGAGGGAGCAGGUAUAUCCCUUGCCGGUCGUCUUUCGGGCUUCUAUCACCUUCCACACUGCAAUUCUGCCAUCGAAAUGCUUAGUCUUUUUGAGCACCUGUCCGAGCCAUGA